UCGGGCACACUCCGUGUCCGGAUAGCCUACGUGGUUGAGUUGAGGCGGUCCUAAACGACCCACGCACGAAGUACGACGCAGAGGAAGAAGAAGAAAACUUAAAGAAGAAGAAGAAGAAGAAGACGACGAUGGCAUCCAUCGCCGUCUCUGCGCUCGUCUCCGUGGUGUUGUUCGCCGUUUGGUCCGGCGGAGUCCGCUGCCAGUACGAGAAAUACAGUUUCAGGAGUUUCCCGCGACACGAGCUGAUGCCCCUGGACUCGGCGUACAAGUACGCGUUGGACCAGUACACCGGCGAGAAGUGGAAGGAGACGGUGGAGUACCUGGAGGUGUCCCUGCGGCUCUACCGCUUGCUGCGGGACAGCGAGGCCUUCUGCAACCUCAACUGCAGCUCUCUGAGGCUGGACGACGAGGACAAGUUCGCCGAGUUCCCCGAGCUGAGGGCCUUCGGCAACGUCAUGAAGAGGGCCCAGUGUCUGAAGCGCUGCAAGCAGGGGCUGCCGGCGUUCAGGCAGACCAUGCCCAGCCGGGACACCGUGGAGGAGUUCGAGAGGAGAGAGCCCUACAGAUACCUGCAGUACGCCUACUUCAAAUCUGACAACCUGGCCAAGGCGGUGUCAGCAGCCCACACCUUCCUGCUGAAGCACCCGGAUGAUGAGAUGAUGCAGAGGAACAUGGCCUACUAUAAAAGUCUUCCUGGGGCUGAGGAACAUCUCAAAGACCUGGAGACCAAAUCCUAUGAGACCUUGUUUGUCCGUGCCGUGCGGGCGUAUAACGGUGAUAACUACCGUACCUCGGUGUCGGACAUGGAGCUGGCGCUGCGUGACUUCUUCAAGGUGUAUGACGAGUGUCUGGCGGCCUCGGAAGGAGCCAGGGAGAUCAGAGACUUCAAAGACUUUUACCCCUCCAUAGCAGAUCACUACAUCGAGGUCUUAGAGAGGAAGGUGAGGUGUGAGAGCGAGCUGACGCCUGUCGUAGGAGGCUAUGUCGUGGAGAAAUUUGUUGCAACCAUGUACCACUACCUGCAGUUUGCCUAUUACAAAUUGAACGACCUGAAGAACGCAGUGCCGUGCGUGGCGAGCUACAUGCUGUUUGACCCCAAUGAUGAGGUGAUGAAAAACAACGUGGUAUAUUACCAGUUCCACAGAGACAAAUGGGCGCUGACAGAUGAGGACUUCCUCCCCAGAUCGGAGGCUUUGCGGUACUACAAUCAAACCACCAUGCAGUUACAAAUGCUGGAGUUCUCCAGGCAGCAUCUGGUGAGCGACGACGAGGGGGAGGUGGUGGAGUUUCUAGAUGAGAUCCUGGAUGAGGGUGAAUAACAAAUACUGGACACAGUCCCCUAACACUGAAAAACAACACCAACAUCUUUGGUAUUUAUUGGUCAGUUUAAGAAGAGGCUCUGAUUGGUCACUGUUAGUGCUGUUUCUACCCACGGUUCGACAACCUGAUUUUUUUAUUUUUUUUAUUUUUUUAAUGCGUCCAGAUUUUGUGCACUAAACACACAAUACAGUGGUACAGAGAUACAGUAAUGGAUGACCCCAAGUGGUGGAGGUGCUGUUUUUUUUACUCACUGUUUUGUGUCUUCAUCCGCCCCCACUGUGAACUGUUUGUGUUUUUAAAUCAAACUGUUAGUUGUGGUAAAACAAGAGUGUGUGUGUUCCUUUUUUUUUAAAAUAAAAUAAAAAAUCAAUU